UGUCCUUCCAAAGAGAACAAAAAAAAAAAAAUUAUUUUUUUACUAUUUUUGGCCAGUUUUCCUUUGAUAAUAAUAAUUAAAAAAAAAAAUCAUCAGAUAUCCAUUACCAUUUACCACCAAAUGAACACCCAAAUUGUCCUGAAAACAACAAGGUAAAAACCACUUGGAUGCACAAAGUAGUUGUGAUGAUAUGUACGGUUUUGCUAACACUUAUCAAAGUUGCAAAAUUGUGACUAGGCGUUAAGAUUUGUUUUACCCUUAGGCGCAAAGGGGUUAAA